UUAUCCAAACAAUGAUGGCGGCGGAGGGAGCGGCGCUGGGGCACUGAAGGAGGGAAGCAAGAAGCUAGCGGGCCCGCCUCUUUCUCUCUCUAUGUGUCCACGGGAGACGGGAACCGUCGUAAUGGCAGAUGAUAGCAGUGAGGAGGAACGUACCAAGAUGGAGGCUGCUCGUAGCCGAGCUGCCACAGCCAAGAACCUGGCCUUCCUGAAGGCCCGCUCGAUGGACGUGACCUUCGAUGUGGGUGACGAGUACGAAAUCAUCGAGACCAUUGGCACCGGCGCCUACGGUGUGGUGUCAUCUGCUCGCCAAAGACAUACAGGUCAGCAAGUGGCCAUUAAGAAGAUCCCAAACGCCUUUGACGUGGUGACCAAUGCCAAAAGGACUCUGCGUGAGCUCAAAAUCCUCAAACACUUCAAACACGACAACAUCAUCGCCAUCAAGGACAUCCUGAAACCCUCCAGCUCCUACGCAGAGUUCAAAUCCGUCUACGUGGUCCUUGACCUCAUGGAGAGCGACCUGCACCAGAUCAUCCACUCGUCGCAGCCGCUGACCCUGGAGCACACCCGCUACUUCCUCUACCAGCUGCUGCGGGGCCUCAAGUACAUCCACUCGGCCAACGUGGUGCACCGGGACCUGAAGCCCAGCAACCUGCUGGUCAACGAGAACUGCGAGCUGAAGAUCGGCGACUUCGGCAUGGCCCGCGGCCUGAGCUGUCGGCCGGACGAGCCCGAGCCCUUCCUGACCGAGUACGUGGCCACCCGCUGGUACCGGGCCCCCGAGCUGAUGCUCUCCCUCCACGGCUACAGCCGGGCCAUCGACCUGUGGUCGGCCGGCUGCAUCUUCGCCGAGAUGCUGGGGCGCCGGCAGCUCUUCCCCGGCAAGAACUACCUGCACCAGCUGCAGCUGAUCCUGACGGUGCUGGGCACCCCGCCCGAGCGGCUGGUGGGCUCCAUCGGUGCCGAGCGGGUGCGGGCCUACCUGCGGGGGCUCCCCCGCCGGCAGCCGGUGCCCCUCUCCUCCCUCUACCCGGGCACCGACCCCCAGGCCCUGGAGCUGCUGGGGCUGCUGCUGCGCUUCGACCCCCAGGAGCGGCCCUCGGCCCCCCAGGCGCUGCGCCACCCCUUCCUGGCCAAGUACCACGACCCCCAGGACGAGCCCUCCUGCGUGCCGGCCUUCGACUUCGGCUUCGACCGGCCGGCGCCCAGCCGCGAGCAGCUGAAGGACGCCAUCGCCUGGGAGAUCGAGGACUUCCACCGGCGGCGCGAGGGCAUCCGGCGGGGGAUCAGCCGCGCCCCGGCCCUCUCCCGCGCCCUGCCCGCCGCCCCCUGCCGGGACGUGGACAUGCCCAGCGCCGGCGGCGGCGGUGGCAACAACGGCAUCGGCGGCGAGCACCCCCCCGGCGGGGGCGGCGGCGCCCAGGACAUGAUCGACCUGACCUCGCCCUCGCCCGAGGAGGAGCGGCCGCCCGCCGACGCCAAGAAGGAGGGCGGCAUCUCCGCCGACACCAAGGCCGCCCUGAAAGCAGCUCUGCUCAAGUCGGCGCUGAGGCAGAAGAAUAAAGAAACGGCCAACUGCAGCCAGGAGCACCUGGACCCUCGGCGCCCUGUCACGGCCCAGGAGAGGCAGCGGGAGCGCGAAGAGAAGCGGCGGAGGCGGCAGGAGAGAGCCAAGGAGCGGGAGCGGAAGCAGCGGGAGAGGGAGCGCAAGGAGCUGAAGGAAGGCGACGUCCUGGGAGGGGUAGUGCUGAGCCAGGGCGACAAGAGCCUCCUGGAGCGCUGGAUGAAGAUGACGGAGGGGCGGGGGAGGCCCGAGGCUGGGGAGGGGGGCAUCCCACUUCUCAACGGAGGCGUCGAGGGCCUGCCGGCCUGGGCCGGCCCCGGGGGCCUGCAAGAGACGACGGCGGGGCCCAGGCCCGCUUUAAGCCUCGGAACCGGCUCAGGCCUGGGGCCCGGUGCGGGCUUUGGGCCUGCUGCAGGCCUCGGGGCGGCAGUCGGCUUCGGGCCUGCCUCCGGCAUCGAGCCUAGUGUACGCCUUGGUCCGGCCUUGCGCUUCGCUGCUGCCUCAGGCCUGGGGCCCAGCGUAGGCCCAGGGCCCGCCCUGGGCUUCGGGCCUGCCUCAGGCCUCAGGCUGGGCAUAGGCCUCGGCCCCGGUGUGGCGCACGGCGAGGCCCCCUCCGCUGCCCCCAAAGCCGACCUGCCCCCCGCCGCCUGCUUCCCGGCCAGCCCCUUCCAGAUGCCGGCCUCCGGCCUGGCGCCGCUCCGAGAGACGGCCGAGGCCCGGGGCGAAGGCCCAGGCCCUGCUCUCCCCCGGCCCCCUCAGCCCUUCGGUCCGGGCCCGGGCGAGCCCUGGGCCGAGCCGGGCCGCCCUCCCCUCCUCCUGCCGCCGGGCCUCUGUGAGGGGCCGUGGAGCAGCGGGCCGCAUCCCCCCGCCCCCAGGUCUGACCAUCCCUUCCCCCGGGCCCCCCUGCCUCACCACAACAGCGCCGGCUUCGGGGCGCUGGCCUCCCGAGACGGAGCUUCGCAACCACCUGCCUUCCCCCAGGAGCAAGAGGAGGGUCCGAAGACCCAGGGCCCAGGCCCUCAUCCGCCACUCGCCUCUGAGGCCUCGAGCAGCGACUCGCUGGAUGUCAACACAGUGACCCACCAGCUCUCAAAGUCACAGGUGAAGGAUAUAUUGCCGCCGUUGUUCUCGGUGACGCCCAAGGGGAGCGGCGCAGGAUACGGAGUGGGCUUCGACCUGGAGGAGUUCCUCAAUCAGUCCUUCGACAUGGUGGGAGACAGUCACGACAGCCAGGGUGACUCCGCCCCUCUCUCGGCCUCGCUGCUCGCCGAUUGGCUGGAAGUCCAUCGGAUGAACCCGGCUGAUAUGGAGUCACUGCAGCAGGAGCUACAGCUGGGUUCGCCCAUGAUCCUCUCUGACGUGCCUGACCUUUAGCAUGACGUGGUCAGGUCUGGGCCUGCUCGAAUCGAGGCCCUGACUGUCUCGCAUCCUUCACCAGGUCACCAGAGGCCUGGGUUUCACAUUGGCUCGACCCAAAUAGUUAUUGCUCCAGCGGAGACACCGGAAUUCGAGGGACCGCUCUUCACCUCAGUGCCAAUUAGUUACUGGGACGUCAAGCAGAGGGAUCGUUGUCCCCAGGCCCCACUCUUCAAACGGUGUCAGCUCCGCAGGAGAGCCGCUCAAUCAGAGGGUCAGUGCUGAGGGAGCGCCGCACUGUCGGAGGGUCAGUGCUGAGGGAGAGCCGCACUGUCGGAGGGUCAGUGCUGAGGGAGCGCCGCACUGUCGGAGGGUCAGUGCUGAG